UUGCAGCGCUAAGUGUAAAAGAAUACGUCACAUAGCAACAUGGAAAGCGCAUCAGAAGGGCAGAGCUUUGUGGAUGGGAGACUCCAAUGGAUAAAGGAUAAGAUGGGACGCAAGGACAGUCCUAGUAACGCAGGGACAAGCGGAGAAAUUCGUUUCGGUCCGCAAGAAGAAAGAAACUCACCAGUCCAUUACGACACAGAUACCUUCAACCUGAAAUAUUUUUUGAGUGCUAAAGGAGAUCACAUGUCAUGGGAGAAUAUAAAGAAAGUAGUUACAGUUAAUGCUCUCUGCGACGCGGAAGACCCCAUCAAAAACGCAUUUAAGGUUCAUGCAAAACUACUUCAUCUGGCUGAAACAACCACAGAGAACACAAAAUCCUUGGAGAACCUAGCUGAUAAUGUCCAGGACUUUGCAUUCGAUUUCUUGGACCAAGUAGAGAGGAAAGAAGACAUGCGCAUCAAUGAUGAAGAUAUGGAUCGAUAUGGUUCUCUGUUCAGUGACAUGACGGAUAAGGCAAUUGCUGAACAACAGAAAAAAUUCUUAUCACAUCCAUUUGUGUUCAAAAGAGUAGAAAAACGAUGGAAAUAUGGCUUAUCGGAGGAUUUCCAAUUUGGAAAGCUGCACCGCUGUGUUCUAUUAUUGAUCAUGAUGCUGGAUACAAUUUUGACGCCCCUAUUGCUUCCCUUAAUCGCAUGUGCAUUCCUACAGAACCAGCCACAAAAAGCAGAAGGAGAGAAAUCGAAAUCGCUUUGCACAAGGAUCUUAGAAACUUAUCGAUGGUACUCGGAUACUCCCUGCGUCAUUUUCGUUAAGACACAGUUUAUGCAACUGAUUUUCAUUGUGCUGCAUUUCUGGAUAUCCAUAAAUGGUUCGUCUGUUGCUCCGACCAUUGAGGAGGCCUUGGUGUUGUUCUUCUUCGUUGGAUUUGUUGUCAGUGAGAUCCAUCAGUAUAAAACAUCGGCGGAAAAAGUUUACUUCAGAGACAUGUGGAACUACUUAGAUAUGGGGAUCGUUUUUAUCUAUGUGGUCAUUCUCGUUUGCCGAAUAGCAACUUUCAUUAUCGGUGGCGAUGCCUUUCACAAUCGCUGGUUAGAAAUCGCCAAUUACUCCUAUGGGUUCAACACGCUGUUCCUUACUUUACGAUUUUCCAGUAUCUUAGAGCUCAGUUCAGUUGUCGGUCCACUUCAGCUGGCGUUGUUUCAAAUGUUAAGAGACUUGCUGAUUAUACUCAUUCAGUUUGCUUUCGUGAUUGUGGCGUUUUCAAUGGCCAUCACGAAGUGUUACACCGCUGAAAAGUCGUACAUGAUUCCACAGGACAGCAAAUCAAAUUAUACAGAGUAUUGUGUUCCAGGAAAUUUCAACUGUUUCUUAAAGUCUGCAAUACAUCUUGUCUGGUCUGUUUUUGGAAUGACCCAUUUCGAGGAGAUGGAAUCUCAAACUAGUACGACUACGAUCAUCGUUGUUCUCCUGUUCUUGUGUUUUUUGGUGCUAUCAGUCAUCAUGUUGGUUAAUAUCCUAGUAGCCUUAUUGACAGCGACAUAUGAUAAGUACAAGAACGGCUGGGAAAUAGAAUGGAAAUUCUCACGCUCUGUUAUGGAGGAGCAGUAUAGACGAAUGCACGUGGUUGUUGUACCAUUCAACAUACUUACUUUGCCAAUAGUGUACUUGUAUUGGGGACUUCACGAAGAUACCGGAGAGGAGAGAAAGAAAAGGAGGAAAAAGGAGUACAAAGAUUUCUUGAAGAGCGUGUUCUUUCCUAUAAUAAAAAACCGCUAUAAAGAGAAAUAUAAAGGAUCGUUUCCUUCAACAGUCGAUAGUAAACUGGAUACCUUGGAAGAAAACCUGAAUAGAGUGAAAAGAGAACUUGAAAUACAAGAGGAAAAAGAACAAGGGAGUCAAGAGCCAAAUCGGGUCGUCUCCGUGAAAAGCAGACUGGAGAGAAUGGAAGAAAAGCUGAACAUACUUAUCGAAAGGCUGGGGCAAACCAAAGAACAGGCAAAGAGAGAAACGAAGAAUGACAACAUCAGAACCCCUCACAUGCAAAACUCUAUAGAGGACAAUGGCCAGGAUUGUCAUUUGUGAAUCAAUCGACAUUUCUGAUGACUAUUUCCUACUCAGCAAUUUCCUACCACUAGACCUAUAACUUUAACCUUAAUACUAACUCCUAAUUAGUUACAUUAAACAAGUCAAUUCAAUCAAUUUGAGGACAGCUUAAAACAAAAUGCAAGAUUUCUUAAAAUAAGCCGCCUUAAUUAUUAACCUAGUUAAAAAAAUCAGUUUCAAAGACUUAUCACAGAAGAAUCA